GCUCUAAUAUCCCUGAUCUUCUGUUCUUCAGAAAUAACUCAGCUCCAUAGAAAGUACUGCUUACUCUGUUUAUAAUAUCCUCUAGCGUUUGUUCAAAAUUAUACCAGUUUUAAUAGCACAGAGCAACAGAAGGGCAACACUGGUAUUUUAUUUUAUUGGAUGUAUUUAUCCUUGUACACAUGCAAUCUUAUUUGGUGCCCAAAUGAUAAUAUGCAUUGUUUUGUUUUUAUAUAGGUACCCUUUCUUUUCUUAGCAGCCUUACAUCCCUUUGGACAGAAUGCAAGAUUUAAAUGUGACAUUGGGAACACGACAAAAGAGGAGGGGAUACAUCAAAUCACUGCUUCAGAUUCCACAGGCUUUUUUAGUUACUGCUUCGUAAUGUUUGUUUGGCCUUAAUGGCAUGUAUAUAAAAUAAUGCAUCUGUUCUUAUGUUCUGUUUUGCAUAGUUUGAUUUCUCUUUGUAUAUAAAAUUGUAGGAUUGAUUUAUACUUCACUUGCCUAAACUAAAAUACUAAAUCUGUACUAUUCCUGUACCAGGAAUCACAAUUCAAUGGGAGGAGCUCUACAAGACUGUAGGAAGGGCAGAUGUUGACUGUUAUUUCUCUGUCCAACCUAUGGCUUCUUCUAAGCUUUUAGGUGGAAGCAGCAGCUGUACUCAGAUGCACUCUUCCUUCCACACUAUAGUAACAUGCAUCCCAAGGUGAAUGAAGGUAAUUGUUCCUUUUGGACUUUCCAGAACUUGACUAUAUGUAUCAUACUUAUAGAGCUCUGUAGGGUACAAGGUGAAAUAAUUACAAAAAACAAAGAUGUGGAAGUUGGUGGCAGAGUUACUUUGAGAUGUACAUUAUCAAAGCUGUAUGACACUAUUCAAGUUACAUGGCAGAAAGAAAUGAAUGGAAGUGUUGUAAAUAUGGCAACAUAUCAAAAUGGAAAAGGUCCAAAUAUCCUCCCACCAUACAAUCAUCAAAUCAAUUUCACAGUUUUAGGAGUCAAUGAUACUGCGAUCACCUUUUGGAAUGCUAGUAUCCAAGAUGAUGGGUGCUACCGAUGCAUAUUUAAUACAUUUCCUUUAGGAUCUGUCACAGGAAAGCCGUGUCUUUCUGUUUACACCCACCUCAGCAUCUUUAUAUACUACAAAACCUCUGAUAGACAUACAAAUGCUACCUGCUUUGCAUCCGGCUUCCCACGCCCUUCUAUCUCAUGGCUUCCACCAGGACACAAAAUGAAUGAAAACCUGAUCACAAAUCCCAAUGGCACUGUAUCUGUUAUGCGCAGCAUCUUUGCAAAUACCUCAGGAAACCAUGCUGGACAAGAGCUGAUCUGCAGAGUUAAACACAGAAGAAAAGAGGUGGACCUCAAACUGGCAUUAUUAGGCAGAGGCCACAAUCAUCAGGAUUAUUUGGUUCUAAUUCUACUGGCCCUAAUGCCUAUGAUCAUUCUUAUGAAUUAGGUACAUUAUUGAGGCAAGACAGGAAAUAAACACAGUGGUUUCAAAGGGAUUCUUCAGUCAACCCCCAACACUUAAUUCCAUAGAAAUGAAAAACAAAAGCCUCAGUAGAUCUUGCCAAACUAGACUGAACAGAGUGGUGUUGCAACUGCACUUUAAGACUGAAAAAUAAUAAUCCACCAAUAAAUUUGGUAACAGAGGUGAAAGUGACACAGAAAACACUGGACUGAAAUGAUCUGGCAAUGAUAUUACCUUGAUCCUCUGUAAAAGCUGAGCAAAUGAAACAUAUCAAUUUCAGAUAUUCAUGGCAAAGGGAGAAAUAGGUCAUGGAGAUAGACGUUUUACUGAAUCUUACAUUUUCUAUGAGAAUUAAUUCCUGAAAUGAUUCUAUUGCUGUGAUAAACAGCUAUUCCUUGUGCCUCCAUUCAGUGGUUUUUAUUCUCCUGCCUUUUCAGAUGAUAAACCAUAUUACUUAACCUACUUUAAAAUGAGGUAGAUCAUCCCUACUAAGGGGCCAUUCACGCUUACUUUUUUGAACGAAGAGAUUUGCAUCUCUGCACUGAUUCAGAACCAAUUCAGAAUCGGUUCAGUGUUCCUAUUACAUUUACUGUGCUCAAACCUCUCUGUGCCAUUUUAACCCUGUUGUCAUUCACAUUUGCCACUGUAUCAAUUUAAAAUGGAGAUGCCUCCAUCUCCAGGAGCAAUGCAGCAUGACCUGAAUCGAUUCAGUAGCGAGUUCACACUACCAAAGCAAAUCAUAGUGGCUCUUAAAAACAAACUGCUAAGGGAUCUGAUGCCAAAUGCACGGCUUAAGUGGGCUUUUUGCUCCCCCAUCCCCCCCGCAAACUGCACCGAUUGCACUUAUUUCACAGAAAUAAACUGAUUCCACACUGAUAUAUUUCCAUAGUGUGAAUGGCCCCUGUUUCAGGGUCUUCCUGUAAAUGCUGCUGUGGGGCCUCUUUGGCUUUCUGUUUCAAGCCCUAUCCUCAAGAUAUCCUUGCCUUCAUUAUAACCUCCUUUGUGGCUGCUUCUGCUAUAAAAGAAAAAAACACAGCAAUCUUUGUACUGAGUAUGGAAACACUUGCUGCAUUUUAUUUAAAGGAAACCAGCUAAUUGCUGUAGCUGACUAUAUUUUCUGAGUUUUUAAAAAUGGUUUUUGUAUUAUAUUA